CAGCAUCACAGAUCAUCAGAACAUCAGACUGGAGGCUCCGGCUGGAAGACUCGCCCACAACUCAGCUGAUCUGCACGACUUGAAGAGGUCGGAGAAAUGGCCUCAGAUAAAAUGGUCGUUGCCGCCCUGGGUCGGCCCUUCACCCUGGGAAUGCUCUACGAUGCUCGGAAAGAUGCUCUGAUCCCAGGUUUGACAUUGUGGGAUGAGAAAACCCUACAAGAGAACAAAGUUGAAAACUCUCAGCACAGCAGUAAAUUGGACAUUUCCUCAUCUGACUCCAUCGAUUCUAAGGCCUCUCAUCUGGAUGUUGAAUCUUCUCUGAAGGCCAGUUUCCUGAGUGGAAUGAUUGAAGUUGAAGGAUCUGCCAAGUAUCUAAAUGAUAAGAAGAGAUUCAAGAAUCAGAGCAGAGUGACAUUUCGGUACAAAGCCACCACCAUCUUCAGAGAGCUGUCGAUGCUUCACCUUCUCAAAAUGAACCCCGAACAGACGAAUAUUAUGAGGAAGAGCUCGGCAACACAUGUGGUCACCGCCAUCCUUUACGGGGCAAAUGCUUUCUUUGUGUUUGACAGUGAGAAGUUGGAAACCAGCAAGGUUCAGGACAUCCAGGGUGGCAUGGAAGCUAUGAUAAAAAAGAUCCCCACUUUUGUUAACAUUGAGGGCAAAAGUGAAAUCAAGCUGAAUGAUGAAGAAAAAGCCCUGACCAAGGAAUUCUCCUGCAAGUUCUACGGAGACUUCAUUCUUGAAAACAACCCUACGACGUUUGAAGAGGCAGUGCAGACCUAUGCAAAACUACCACAGCUGCUGGGUGAAACAGGAGAGAAUGCUGUUCCAGUGAAGGUCUGGCUGAUGCCCCUGAAAAAUAUGGACUCCGAAGCUCCUGAGCUGACGAAGGGGAUCAGUAUUGGGCUAGUGAGGAAGAUGGAGGAUGCUCUGGAAGAUUUAAGGGAAAUAAGAAUGAGAUGCAAUGAUUCUCUGGAAGAUGGAGUGGUAGAGAAUUUUCCACAGAUUGAAAAACAGUUUGCCACUUUCCAAAAAUUGUGUGAUCAUUACACAGCUAAACUCCAGAAGACCGUGGCGAUGGCACUUCCCAACAUCCGUGAAGGUAAGGAGAAUGAGAGCUCAGCGGAGGAACUCAUCAAUGAAAGAAACGAGUCACCAUUCAGUCAUGAAAACCUGAACAAGUGGCUGCGUCACAAAGAGAGAGAAAUCAACAUCAUCAAGUCCUGUGUAGAUGCCAUGGAGGGAAUAAAGGUCGUCCCAAAUGUGUCUGAGCUGGACAGGGAGGUUUUCGCUCCAGGUGUAGAGCAUGCUCUGUGCUUUAUUUUCACCUCCCUGAAGGGUACUGACCCCGGCCUCCGUGAGUUGGCCAUCUACCUGGACGCAGGUAGUAAAUUAGAAGGUACCAAAGAAGAUCCAUGGUUCUAUUCAAGUGAAGUUAUUACCAAAAUGAGAAAAAAAGCCAAACUUUUCAGUGUUUAUGCCAAAGAACAGAAGAACAACAACAAGGUGCAUUUCUUCAUAGCAGCCAUUGAAAAUGAGAAAUACAUAGGAGCAUCCAUGUACUAUUACAAAAACGGCAUUCUGCGCAAUGAAGAUUUUGAAGAGGUUGAAAUCCUCGAUGUCGAGGCCAUCACAAAGAGAGAAGAUUUGAUCAUUUAUGCCUGUGAUCUCACCUUGGACCCAAACACUGCACACAAGGAGGUCACUCUGUCUGAGGGAAACAAGAGGGCAAAGUCUGGAAAAUCGAAGUCAUAUCCGGAUCACCCAGAGAGGUUUAUGAAGCAUUCUCAGGUGUUGUGCAAAGAAGGCUUGUUUGGGCGCCAUUACUGGGAGGUAGACUGGGAUACCAGUUCUAAAGCAAAUGUUAAUAUUGCUGUAGCAUACAAGCAAAUUGACAGAGCAGCAGGCGGUUCAGCAAGCCAGUUUGGUAAAAAUACCAUGUCGUGGACUUUUGGCAAAUAUUUAUCAUUUUUCAAUGAUUAUCUUGUGGCCAAUCAUAUUGAAAAGGUGUGGGAUAGUAAGUUUACUCCUGCUGAGACUGGCAGAAUUGGGGUGUAUCUGGACUGGCAUGAUGGCACUCUGUCCUUCUACAAAGUCUCAGCUGACACUGUGACUCACCUCUACACCUUUAGCACCACAUUCACUGAGCCUCUUUACCCGGGCUUCUGGCUUGGUGAUGACUCCUUUGCAUUCCUGUGUCCACUUAAGUAAAAGUCACGACAAACUUUUGUUGGAAUCCUGCUCUGUUAGCAGGGACGUGGACUCACAUGUAAAAUUAAAAAUUCGAGCUUGAACAUGCUUCACAAAUACAAAGAAUGAUGUCAUAGCCGUCUCACCGGCUUCUUUGUGUGUGCAUGGGCAGGGAAAGGCUGUGGAUCAAGAGGCGGCAUGAUUGGGUGACUGUGCAUGUCUUAGCCCCACCCAUUUUUUAAGCUUAGUUGCUCUUUAAAUUGCAGAAGUUGGUUACUGAUUUGAUAAUCUUUAUUAUGUUAGGAUAUAAGGUGAGUGCCUAUUGUUUAAUUUAGCAUUUGUUUCACAUCUUCCUUGUGUAGACUUUCUUAUUUUUAGAGUAAUUUUUUUAGAUUAUCAUCAUUUUGUUUUUCUCUGGGAAAUCUCUGUGGUCUGUGGGGAGCAUGAAAUCCGUCAUACUUCUUUGACUUUGCCACAUGCUUCUGGAUUUGUGGUCCUACUUUCUUCCUGUAUUCCCUUUUGCCUCUUUAACUGCUCACAUUGUGGUCUGCUGCUUUAUAAUUUUUUUUUUCCAAUUGCAGUCCAAGUUUGUAAGCUGCAGUGUGUGCAUGUGUGUGUGUUUAUGGCAUCCUGGAUGGUUCUGGUAACCCAUGGUUUAUGGUUUUUGGAACGAUCUAACUGUUUUUGAUGCUGUUGCUUCUGUUGUUUUACAAAUUAAAGACAACACAGACUCAGUGAGAUCAUUUAGGCCAUUGGGGCUGUUGAUGGCGCUGUCCUGGAACUUGCUCCAGACUGCAUCGUGUAAUGCAGACUGCAGGGCAACUUCUGUUUGGCCUGUCCAUUUCCAGACCUCUGAGAAAUGCAUCAUAGUUUGCUGACAUAUUUGGAGCUCAUCGCUGAUGUUCAUAGAGCAGGAGAAAUGCUUUUUUUCUGUAUAUCAGUUGCUGUUAAUUCGAUUCAGACUUCAUCCCAAACUGGUGUGUGCUUUACAGUUUCAUUGCAUGGUGCAUCACACACACACACACACACACACACACACACACAC